AUGGCAGGAUCUCAGUUGAAACAACUUAAGGCUGCUCUUAAAGAAAAAGGGUUAAUUGGACAGACCAAUACUUCAAAGAAAAACAAAAAAUCCAAGACUAGUAAGCGUAAUGAAACCAAUAGAGAUGAUAGACAACAAAAAUUGGAAGAAAUUAGAGAACAAUUUAAUAAAUUUGAUCAAAGAAUAAAUAGAUCAAAACAUGAUAUUUCUAUUGUUCAUCAAGGUAAAUUUGUUAAAGUUGGUUCUAAACAACAUAAUGCUAUAGCUACUAAAAAUGGAGCCAUGCAAAAACAAAUGAAAAUGCAAUAUGAUUUGGAAAAACGUCAAAAUGGUAAAACAGGUGGUAUUUUGGAUAAACGUUUUGGUGAAAAUGAUUCUCAUUUAAGUAAAGAAGAGAAAAUGUUGGCUAGAUUUACCAAAGAAAGACAAGCUGCAAGUUCUAAGAAAAGAAAUGUUUUCAGUUUAGCAAGUGAUGAUGAACAACUGGAUGAUGACUAUGAUGAUGAUGACAAUGGUGGAUUUCAAUUGACCCACGGUGGUAAUGCAUUAUCAUUGAAUGACGAAGAAUCUGUCAAAUAUGUAGAUGAAGAUAGUUUGGAACCACCUAGAAAGAAGAGUAAGAAUGGAAGUCCAUGA